AUGGUGUGGGAAGCUACUCUCGACCCCAACCAGAAACCCUCAGCACAAGCAACGCGUGAGCAGCGUCUCCGCUUUAUCACUGCCAAAUACGCUGAUAGAGCAUACAUAAACCCCAUAGGCUCAAAUGCCCAGUCUCGUUAUUCCACUUCAGACGAAACGCUUCUGGCUUCCGUCAAAAAGAACGACAUUCAGGGUGUUCUCUACGCUCUAGCGCUGCGUGCAAACCCGAACGCCACCGACCGCUCCCGAAAUACGCACUCCAUCUUUCUCGCUCUCGCAGCCGCUGAUCCAGCUGCUCCAGCGGGGUCCGCCCUCCCUACACCUGUUACCUCACCUAACGCCAAGACGCCAUCUGGUAGUCAGAAAACAAUCGUUGCUUUCCCUGUUGCCGAAUUGCUGGUUCAGAACGGUGCCAUCAUCCCGUCUACCCUGCCCGCAUUUCCACUUUCUCCGAACGCACAGCUGUACAUUGACCAAAAGGCUGGCAAAGGCGUAGACACGCUCACUGCUCUGCCGAACAUAAACAGAAACAGUGGCGUCGGCCCGACUGCCAUAGAGGGUGGCAAGGAUAGUCAAGCGAAGCUGCAGAAAAGAGGCAGCGUGGGAGGCCGUCUGGCGGUCAGACCUGGGCAAUGA